AUGGAGGUGACAUUCGGCGCCGUUGGGGAUUUCAUCUCUAUCGGUGUGCUUAUCAAGGAUUUCAUCGAAUUGCUUGAUGACAGUCGAGGCUCGGCUUGGGAGUACAACUCGUUGAAGCAACAACUUACCUUUCUUCGACUGAACUUGGACCUCGCAAAGCGAUCCUACGAUGAGUACUACAAGGCGCCUCAAUUCCACGACAUUCGGAACACGCUGGAGAGUGUCGUGGACGAGGCAGAGCGACGACUAGAAGACAUUGCUGUCAAGGUGCAAAGGUACACAUCGACCCUGUCUCAAGGCUCGACUGAGAGAAGGAUAAAAAAGGUUGCAAGGAAAGUACAAUGGAGUCUUGAAAAGAAGGAAACAGAGAAGUUUUUGUUGGACCUACAUCGUUACACAUCUAUCAUCCAAUCAUUGCAGUUUGAUGCAUUUGCUCAGAAAGACCAAAGCGAUACCCAAGAACUUGUCAACAAACUUCAAAAGGAUUUUGACGACAGAUUCAGUAGCCUAGAGGACGAGCUGAAAGCUGUGAAAACCAUGUCGGGUAACACGCAACAAUGUCUAGUUGACAUAGGCAUGGUCGUCACUAGGCGACUCGAUUUGGUCACACAAACAGUUAACUCUCUGGGUUUUGCUGUACUGCGAGGUGUUUGGGGCAUGUCUUACCUUGGGACAUCCGUCUUGUCAUUAUUAUCCACCAUGCACAGCAACAUCAUAGGUCGCCUCGAGCGUCCCCCGCAUAUGGGCCCUUUUUUUACGUUUGAGGAUUAUCUGGGUGUUGACUCGAUCAUAUUGCUUAACUUUGUGGAUUCCUGGAACGCAUUUGAAGGAUCUUUGCAUGGCAAGUUCAAGGGUCGAAAGGGCGGUAGACGAGUGGCCCAGAAUCGAUUCCUCCUGCAGGAUCAUCAGACCGGAGAGGAGAUCGAUCGAGAUGCUCAUUGGAGCUUGGCCAUCACGCCAGGAUCUCGGAUCAACAUGAGCCUCAUUUGUGAAGUUAAGGAGGACGAGGAUGAGGCCCAGUCCCUCAAGUGUCCUUUCCCAUCAUGCGGAGCAAUGUGUGAAGGUGUUGUAGGGACUGUGAUACAAUGCUCCUCGUGUCAGCAACUGUUUCGAAAACUACCAGGCAUGUCUGACGACGAAGACCUUCCAGCAGCACCCAAUGCUCCCGAUUCGGGAAUUAGUGAUCCAAGUUUGAAGCCGGGAAGUAGCUCUUCUGACCUUGGUCAAGCUCGCAAGAGAAAGGGAACUCCCCUAGACAAAAGAAGAACGCUACGGGCCAAAAGGAGGCCAACAGACGCGCGUAAUACAGGUUCUGACUCGGAUGACGCCGACUUGACAGGGAUCAAGCGAGUGACUGUAUUACCAAUAUUGCGGCUUGCUAUACGACCAAUUCCACCACCUUCAGAGACGGAGCAAAAGUUCGAGGUCUCAGAACAACAAAUGGCUCCCGAAAAAGAGGAAAAGAGCCGCAGUUCGGAUGGUGUUAACGAGAAUGCCAGCGUUGAUACACCAUUGAGCACCAUCGAGUCACAGCCCGGGGGCAAGAAUAAAAGAGUGUCGGAACUACAAUCUGAGUCUCAUGUAGAACAACUCGGAUCUGGAACUGCCUACAUGAGCGGCAUGCCGUACCGGAAGAGUGACGGCCACAACGACUAUCCGUAUGAUAAGAUUCCUGGUCCAGGCGCAUAUGUUUUUGAUAGCGUGCUGCCGGGGGGUUUCACGUCCAAAGAUCCUCGACGGAGGUACCCAGCCACAUGUGUCCCGCAAAGGCCCUCAACACCUCGGUAUACGGGAUCUAAGGAGGCGAAGAAACCCGCGAGAAGAAAAAGACCAGAGAUCCGGAAGGCAACAGAAGCAGAUGCAAAGAGAUAUGGAAUCCCCGCUGGAUGUUCCUUGAAGCACUGGGAUCCAAGUGAAGAACCAAUCAUGCUCCUCGGUAGCGUUUUCGACGCCAAUUCUUUCGGGAAAUGGCUUUAUGACUGGUCUGUAUACGCUCGCGGACCUUCAACACCAACGUCGGAUAUGGCGGGACAACUGUGGCUACUACUCAUUCAACUGUCUGGAAAUUUGAAGAGAGCGGACGAGGCAGUAGAUAGGAUCAUGUCAGGAGACUUUAGGAGGUUGGUGUUCGACUUCCUCGACGCAGGGUUGAGUUUAUGGGCGAAACUAGUGUCGCUGCUCAAGAGGUGCGAGGCUCCCAUGUUGGAAGCAUACAAGCUGGAAGAAAGGAAACGCAAAAAGACAGUUCACAAUCAUGGCGGCAAUGAAAAGAAAAUUUCACACCAGGCCAAGACGGAACCCGAUGGUUCGAACAAGGAACUUGUAGAGACAUCAGUGACUAGUGAGGAAGGGAAUAUCGAAGAGACGGAAAAGACGAAGCAGGAUGCCGAUAAGAACGCUGGUGUUGCAUUCGUUGAGACGAUCUUUGGCGAAGACAAAGAGUUGAAACGAACUGAGCGGCUGAUGCAGAACCUUCGACUUUACAACCUGAGGUUCGACGCCCAUUGCGAGAAUAUAGACCUGUAA